AUGAGUUUCGAAGGUAAAUGGGUGCUGGACAAAAGCGAAAAUUUCGAUGAGUACAUGAAGGAAGUUGGUGUUGGAUUGAUCACUCGCAAAGCCGCCGCUCAAAUCAAAGUAAAAUUGGAGAUCAAGAAAGAGGGAGAUAAAUGGGUCUGCCUGCAAACGUCCACGUUCAAGAACUCAAAGCUCGAGUUCAAGCUCGGCGAGGAAUUCGAAGAGACAACACCUGAUGGUCGGAAGUUCAAUUCACUCAUUGAACUAGUUGACGGAAAACUAGUGCACAAGCAGACCCCGAUCAAGGCCGAUGAUAAGCCAUCAGUAAUCAAGCGUUGGAUCGAGGAUGGUCGCUUGAUCACCACUCUGGAGUCUGGAGGUGUCGUCUGCCGCCGCGAGUACAUCCGCGACGAAUGA